CCGACUUGACAGAUGAUGUGGCCUACCGUCUUGUCCUAGUGAAUUUUAAUAAUUAUGUGUAGUAUUGUGUAGUAAUUGAAUGUUAAUAAUAAUGCAAAAAUGAUUGUGUUAAAAUUUAUUUUUUUAAUUUUAUUAAUUUCGACAAGUCAUUGUAGAUUACCAGAUAAAGUAAAAUGUGUCAACGAAAAUUGUAGCAAACCUAUAUCUAAAGCUACAACCUUAAUUAAUUAUAACAGCGCAGAUCCCGACUUAAUGUCAUUUCCUAUAAAAUCUGAUGCUACUAUUUACAUGAAAUCAGCUGGUCUUCAUUCUGAUAUAUGGUACGCCGAUAUAAACGGUCAAUCAGGAUUUGUUAACUCCAAAUUUCUAAGAGAGUAUAAAAUAAUUGCACAGCCUGAAUUUAUUUUGCCUAUUGAAGGAGAUAAAAACCAGCCCAAUGUUAAACCUGAUAAGGUGCAACAAGCACAUGAAAUAGUUGAAGGUACUACGAUCUUUCCAAUAGACACACCUGCAUCCCAGCAAGAUGGUAUCAAUGAACCUACAGUUUUGCCUACUGAACAUACUGUGCCAAUUUUGCAAGACCAAGGAGAUUUAUCAACCACCCACCAACUCAAUCAGGAGCCUGUGCAUAAUGUUAACAAUGAAAAAACUCCCAAUCCAACUAAUAUAGAAACAUUUUUAAAUGAAAAUCUUGUAAGUUCUUCCUCUUCAGCUAAAUCUUCAGAUGUUUUAGAACAAGAAAGUUUGUCAACUAGUGAGGUAGUUCAAACAGACAACUCUGAAACUGUUCAGAAUAUUGAUACCAAUAAUAAAUUGACAAAUGAUGUCCAGAAUGAUCUGCAAGAAGAAAGCAAUAAUAGCAUAAAUCAAAAAACACAAAUACCUAGUAUAGAGACAAUAAAUCAAGUUUUUAAUAAAAUGAGUACGGAUAUUCAAGUGGAGAAGGCGUCUCCGCAACAACAAAAAAUAAUGUUAAGUGAUAUGGAAAAUGUAUCAGCGGAAUCUGUCAAAGUGCCUGAUAAUGUAGAUUACAUAGAGUCAGAUUUAACAAAAUCGAAUGUUAAUGAUAUUAAUCAGCAAAAUUUAAUGUUACCAGCAAAUAUAAUUAAUAAUAUUGAACCCAAACAACAGUCUGUUAAAAAUUCUAAUAUAAUGAAUAAUAUAGAGGACAAUACGGUCAUAAUUCCCAAACUUUCUGAAAACACACCACAAGUGCCUGAAGCAAAUCCAGAUAUAAUUUUAGAUAGUGGAACAAAUAAAGUUAAUAAUGUGAUUAAUAUGAAUGGAGAGCCUGGCGCUCCUCAAAUCAAUAUUCAAUCAGAAACAGUAACUUUACAACCAACUGUAGAACAACUCUCAACUCAAGAUACUUCUAUGGACAAUAAAGUGCCUUUGUUACCAAUUAUACAGACUACACCAGAGUUAACCACAGAGACUAUUCCAGCAACUUUUACUACUAUUAAUACUCCUGCUGAUGUUCCUGUCGAUAAUGCAAAUAAUGAAAAUGUCCAAUCAGUAUCGGUAGAUUUAUUAAAUUUCCCUACAACUGAAGCACAAAGUACGGUUGAGGAAACCACAGAGAUUACUCAGCAAGAAGUAUAUUCAACUGAAACUAUUCCAGACUCAAAUCCAAAGGAUUCUAAAUCUCUAACAACAUCUGAACAAGUUUCCGACUUCCAUCCUACUUCAACUGAGAACAUAAUACAGGAAAUUUUUAAUACUCCUACAACAGAGGCACCUAAAACCGAAGAGAACAGUGAAAAUUUCCUAUCAAGUAUUUACACAACAAUUGCUGAUAUGUGGCCACCCUCUACUGAGUCACCUCCACCUGAGUCGAUUUUUAACCCAGAAUUUGUAAAAGAACCCGAAAUCGAUGAAACAUCACAUGAAAGUUUUUCAUUUGUAAAAUAUCUUUUUAACACAUAUAAUUCCGUCAUGGGUAGCAAAGAACAAUCAAAUGCUCUCUUCCCUUCAGCUGGGGAUACAUGCUUUACAGACGAGUACUGUGAUGGAGAAAGCCUAAACAAACCAAAUCGACUGCUCACCUUCCUCUUAACUACAGCUGGCUCAGUAGUUUUGUUUAUUCUUGGUUACUACUACAUAGAAAGUAAAAGACAAGAUGGUAGGCUCAUAGGUAACAUAAACAAUCUACAGCGAGAAUUGCUGUUUUCUACUAAGGAGUGUGAGAUCCUUAAAGAGGAGCUCUCAUCUACUAAAAAUAAGUUGGCCGGCAUUGAAGACAGCUCCUUUGGCAUGGAUGACAUGGUUCAAUCAUUGAAAGCAGAGAUACAAGAGUUAAAAGAAAACAAUGAAAGACUGCGAAAUUCAUUAGAUGAUAACGAAAAAUUAUUAAGAGUAUCUGAAAACACAGCUGGAGAGUUACAAAAUACUUUGGGCGAAGUAGAAAAUACUCUUAGUGAACUCUUAGCAGAAAGAGCCCACUCUGAAGAGCAAAUAGCAGAAUUCAACGGUAAAAUACAAGCAUUUGAAGAGGAAUUAGUAUCUGUUAGUAGAGAAAGAGAUAAUUUCCAAUUAAAAUAUGUAUCAGCUGAAACUGCACUAGAAGAAUUUAAAAAACAAAAAAAAGACCUGGAGGAACUUAAUCAAAACUUGACAGAUGCUCACAACAAGAUUGAAUUACAGAAACAUGAAAUUGCAGCACUUAAAGAUGCCAUAAAGGAAUUAAAAAGUGGUUCAUUGUCUAAUACUGAUGUAACUUCACUGAUAGAUCACACAGAAAUCAAAGCAAAAUUAUCUAAAGCAUUAGAAGAAAAGAAUGCAUAUAUGGCCAAAUAUGAGACAGAACACAAGGAGAGGACUCAUAUUGCUGAAGAGCUUACAACUAUUCAAGAGUCAUACAAGACAUGUAGACAACAAACUUCGGAGGCUAUGACUAGGCUUGAUGUACUAGGAAAAUACUUCCAGGAGCGAGAAAGUGAACUUAUGAAGGAAUUGAAUACCAAAGAAGCAUUAUGGUUCAGCAAACAAGGAGAGUCGGCAAGCACUGUAGAAAAAAUGGAGUCACUGCAACGAGAAGUGCAAAGAUACAAGGAGAAAUGCGACGCGCUGACGCUGGAGCUGGCGGAGCAGGAGUCGGCGCGGCGCACGGCGGUGGGCGAGGUGGAGGCGCGCGCGCACGCCGCGUGGCUCGACGCGCGCGCCGCGCGGCGCGACGCGGCCGCCGCGCGCGACGACGCCGCCGCGCUGCGCCGCAAGCUGCACGCCGCCAGCCGCGCCGACGGAGCCUUCUCGCCGCACGCGCAGGUAGCAUCCCCGUUGGAAGCAGAGGUGGGUCUGCCUGCAGCUCUUCCGCCGCCUCUGGCUUUCCUACCCCCACUAUUGCCACCACUGCCCCGGCCUCCGCCAUUAGGCAGAUUACCUUCACCGCACCCUCCGAGAUACAGCGAGCGGCGCUACUCGCCCGAUAGUCGGUACUCGCCAGAGAGCCGCUACUCGCCAGAAAGCAGAUACUCACCCGUAAGACGCUACUCGCCCGAGCCCAUGCGGUACUCUCCCGAGAGCCGCUACUCGCCGAGACCAAGUCGCUCUCCCUAUUCACCUCGUCAACGGAGAAGAUCUACGGAAAGGUACAACGGUCGUGGGUCACGAUCCCGAAACGCACCACCCGACACUGAAACGGAAUACAACUCGGACAGUCCCACCCGACGACAGCAACCACGACGGUACUCCAGACACUCAGGUCCGAGUUCUGGUUCAGGAUGUUCAAGCGAGUCUGAGAAAGGAAUAUAAAAAUAUUAUGUUACCUAAACGUUAAAGUUUGAGCCAAAUCAUAUGUUAUUGGUGGUUGGGGUUGUGAGAAGUGAGGAAUUCAAUAACUCCACUGGAAAAUAUUAUUGUAUAAUAUGGUGUAGUGUUUAAUUGACGAUUGAAGAUUUGUAGUUUCGUUUGCCAAUAUUUGUAGUUUUUUUUUUGUUGACCCCAAUUACAUGAGUCACUUUCUAAAAAAGAAAUUUUUUUUUUUCAUUUAUAAACUGUAUUAUUAGAAAGUUGAAAUAUCUUUGAAGCUGUUCGUAACUUUAGCUAAAAAUAUUUUUUGUAGACAUUUUAUUCAAGAAGGUUAUUAGGUUAUCAUAAUUCACAUUACAACCUUUUAGAAACGGAGCAAUAAACAUAAACGACAACCAAAAUCGCAAACUGUAUGGAACAGGCGUAUAUUAUUAGUCUAAACCGCGGCACAAGUAUAAAAUAAACGAAUAGUAUAGGCGUCUAGUCUUGUUUUCAUUAAAAUUGGGUAUCUAUGUAUUCUUUCUAUUGCUAAAAUAUCCCUCCGAUAUAACAAGUAUAGUAUUAUAUCUCAUAUGCCAUACAUAUAUAUAAUAAAUAUUUAUCAUGAAAUCAGUACCAACCCCUUAUUUAAAUUUUUAAUAAAAUUCCACCAAUAAAAAACCAUAUAUGACCAGAAAUAUAAUGUUUCAAUCAGUCUAUAUGAAAACAUGUGACGUUUGAGAAAAACAAGAUAAAUUGUUAUCGUUAUAUGUUUCUCAAUAAAGAACUUAACGAGAUAAGGAUUGAAUAUAAACGUAGUAAUUUAUAUUUGAAAAUGUUGUCGGCUUAAAGUAAUUAUUACAUUGAAUGCUAGAAACGUUUUUAAUUAUAAUUGAGCUUUAUUUUCGUUAAGGUCGUUCUUUGGCGUACUUGCAAGAGUUCUUACUCUGUAUAUACCUGCACCUAAAAGCUAACAUAUUAUAUAUGGUUUCUUUAAAAAAACAAAUAAAGCGUAAACGAAAUUGCAAAUUCAAACACAAGCUUUGUAUUCAAAAAAUAUUUUAUUGAAUGUAAAAUAUCAGAAUAAAUGAACAAGCUAAUAGAAAAAUACGCCAAUGUUUAAUGGGUUUAUUUAUUAUAUUUGUUUCAUCAUUUGUUGUUGUUGUUAUAAAAAUAGACAGUACAUCAACAAUAUCAUAACGCCUGUGAUCAAACAUCCUUUCCAAUUUCCAAAAAUUUUUUACCUUAAUUUGUAUAAUAAGUUUCGAAAUUGAAAAUAUUUUACUUUUUAAAUAUAUUUCUGAUUUACAACCAUCUUAACGAGUAGCCAACGAUAAACGAAUAAACAAAUUUAGGACAUAUUAUUAUUUCUAUAUACAAAUGGUCAUUAUUUGAACAUGUUUAAAAAGUGUUUGUGUUACACAAAUCACUAUUACUUAUUGUAUUAUAUAUAUCAGACAAAUGAUGACUCGAUCUUAAUUUAUUGUAUUAACUUUGUCGUUUAUUAGCCUGUAUUAGAAACGAAUUUAAAUAAAUAAUUUUUAUUUAUA